AUGGAAAAUCCCAACAUCCACAAUAUACCUUACGUACGCAGCCGUGACCAAAAGCGUUGGAAGGGACAUUCAAAGAAGGUAGUUUCCAAAGAAGAGACCACUGAAAGGAUGCGUAAAUGGCGUGCAGAAAACCGAGAAAAGAAUCGACAAAAUGAUCUUCGAUGUCGUGUGUAUCGUCUUGCACGCCAAAAGUUUGGACUUGAAGACUCGCCAGAGAAGCAGCAAUUUGUGCGAGAUGAAAUUGCAAGACGACUGGGUCGUCGCAUGUUAUUGGAGCAGCAGCAACAUCGUGUCCCUGAUACCAAAGCAUGUCGUUCCUCUCCUUUUGUUCCUCCACAUCAGCAACAACAACAACAACUCAUGUCCUCACCUCAACAUGCUGUUGAUUUACCAUUCUACAGCGCUCCACAGAAAAAGAUUGAGCUACCAUCCAUUUCUCCCAAUCUUGCUUGGCGACGCGAUAGCACAAGUAGUAGUAGCUCUACUACAAGCAGCAACAGCAGUGUUAGCAGCUUGUCAUCACCCACGAUGAACACAUCGGAUUCAUAUCUUGCCUUGCCACCCAUUUGCUCUGAAAAUGAGCAAUCAUCGUCGCCUGUACGAUAUGUCGAAAACACCAAGAUCCUCCACGAGUUUGUUGGUGUCGUUCUCAAUUAUGCUGACAACAAUCAUCGUUCCUGGUCACCCUAA